ACUUGGCUUCCGUGGCAACCUUCUGACUUCAGUCCUGGGGGUUGUGGUUACUUGAGUGGCAUGUCCUGGCUCUGCUGCCUACUGCUGACCAGCUCUGUGACCUUGAAAAGUCACUGAAGGCCUCUCUUUUUUAUCUGUAAAAUGAGGGGUUGGAAUAGGCAAUUUUUCAGGUGUGUUCCCUCAGCACUAAAAAUUGUUUGGUUCUGUGUUCAUGAGGAAAAUUUUGUAGAGGUUAGACUAGUUUUAGUAACUACUGGACAGAUGACCUUACGUAUUGGCUCUGCUAAUUAAGCUUAGAAUGUGUAUCUUCAAGCAGGUAUUAACUAUAUGGGACCUAUGGAGGGAAAGUCAUGUGUUCGUGCGUGUUCUCUUACGUGUAGCUGUGGGUAUGCGUAUGUAGUGAUUCAUUUUUCACGCGAGAUAGGGAGUUGAAAGCUUCUAAUGCCUGUGGUACAACCUGGUCUUGAAUAGUAAGUAAGAAUCUUGUCGGUUGCAUACACAGAUCCAUUCACAUUUUAAAAAUAGUGAAAAUACUACCUUAAAAAGCUGUGGUCAUAUGUUUGUCCAGGAUAACUUGAACACUUCUGCUUAAGCUGUUUUCUUCUAUAGUAUAUAAUUUCAAAAAUGUAAAAACUACGCAGUUGUACUCCUGUUCUCCCUUUCAGCACACCUUUCCCAAGAAUGAAUACAAAACGAUUUGAAACUGUCGCUUUACCUGUUGGGUAUACUUUAAAUUGAGGGUCUUUCAUCAAAAGACACAGCAAAAGACUUCAAAACACUGGAAUGUCUGGUCUGUCACUUUUUUUAAAAGGCAGUUUCGUGCUUAUUUUUCAUAAAAUAGCGACCUGUUGGCAUAACAGGCACUUCCAAUGUGGGGCACCGCAGCUCCGCUAACUUCACAAUGAAAGAACUCCGGCAAGGAACACGGAGCUAAGUGUGCUCCCGAUAUGUUGCAAAUCACAAAAUUAUUUUGUAGGGCUGCUCUUGAGGCAGGGUUUUUAUGACCAUAACAUUCCAGCUGUGGUUUUGGAGACAGAGUGUUUACUACCGCUCCAAACACAAGGAUGGUAGGUGUGUGUUCUUGCUGCCGAAAGGCUUAAAAAAGCAGCUGAGGCUCCCUUCAAGUGAGUAAACCUUUAUUCAGCAAAGUUUGGGGCCGCGUUCCUAUGGAACGUCGGUGGUCAUUCUGGAAUGUGGGUCCAACAGCAGCCCAGUCAUGGGUGAGCCUGGCGGCUCCGAGGCAUGAUGGCAGGCUGUCCCGGCUAAUCGCUUCAGGCAGCCCAUGGAAAACCACUUUCUGGUUAAGCGUGCAUCGUACUCUUCCACCAAUGGAAAAAAUUGAACAUGAGGAGGGUGUGUAGCUAGCAGACAAAAAUAUAUCCAGCAUUGCACAGGAUCUGUUUUUAGCUCUCAACGGCCGAGGAUUUGAAGUGUUCAGCGCCGUUUCCUGCCUUACCAUGGGCAGAAAGAAGAGAGAGUUUGUGGAUUUGUAUAGAGACCCUGGCUUUGUGAAACUUUUUCUACUAAUUAAAAGAGCCUGAGAAACACUGGCUACAUCCAAAGUUUUGGCAAAGGAUCGUUUCGUGGACUCCCUUGCCAUCCUUGUUAACCAUGCUGCCUUGUUCUAGGACCACGUAGAGCCUACUGGCCGUUUACGUCCCCUUCAGGUAAAGCCAGCUCACACGAGUUGGGGUUCACGUCAAGUGGCAAGAGUGUGAUCAAGGUUAAAAUGGGGAACUCUGAGAGUCAGUACACCCUUCAAGGAUCUAAGAAUCAUAGCAAUACUAUUACUGGUGCUAAGCAGAAGCCUUGCUCCCUGAAAAUCCGCAGCAUCCAUGCGAAAGAUGACAAGUCACUGCACGGGUGGGGUCACGGGAGCAGCGGGGCGGGCUACAAGUCCCGGUCCCUGGCCCGAAGCUGCCUUUCUCACUUCAAGAGCAAUCAGCCUUACACAUCGAGACUGGGCGGACCCACGUGCAAAGUCCCCAAAAACAGUGCCUACGCCAAGCACAGGACGAAGUCCUCAGGAAAUGAUUUCCAGGGCAGCAGCGCGGCCUUCUCCGCCGAGAACGGCUUCCACUACGUCGGGCACGAGCGGGCGGACGACCCCGUGGCCUCGAGGGACUGCAAUGGACACCUUCUCAACUGCUACGGGAGGAACGAGAGCGCCGCAGCCACGCCGCCCGGCGAGGACCGCAAGAGCCCCAGGGUGCUCAUCAAGACGCUGGGGAAGCUGGACGGCUGCCUGCGGGUCGAGUUCCACAACGGCGGCCAGCAGGGCAGGGGGCCCCCGGGGGACGCGGGCGGCCCGGUGCGGCUGCUGCGCUACUCGCCCACCUUGGGCCCGGGGCCCGACUCGCCCCCGGACUCGCGCCCGCGCUCCAGCAAGGGCAGCUCCCUGAGCUCCGAGUCGUCCUGGUACGACUCCCCCUGGGGCCCCGCGGGCGAGGCCAGCGAGGCCAGCGAGGCCGAGGGCUCCUUCCCGGUGCCAGGCACGCCCGCCCCCCGCCUCUGCGCCGACUUCCCGCCGCCCGGGGCCCCAAAGCCUUUCAACCAAAGCUCGUCCCUGUCCUCGCUCCGGGAGCUCUACCCCGCGCCCAGCCCCGCGCCGUCGGGCCUGCGGCUGUCCGACGAGUUCGUGGGCGCGCACGCCAGCCUCAGCCACCGCGUGUCCUUUGCCUCGGACAUGGACGUGCCGUCCCGGGUGGAGCGCAGGGACCCCGGCCCGUACUCGUCCUUCACCCUCCCGUGCCGCAAGUCCAAGGCCUUGACGGAGGACGCCUCCAAGAAGGACACGCUCAAAGCCCGCAUGCGCCGCAUCAGUGACUGGACGGGAAGCCUCUCCAGAAAGAAAAGGAAGCUCCAGGAGCCGAGGUCCAAGGAAGGCAGUGACUACUUUGACAGCCGCUCAGAUGGACUGAACACGGACGGGCAGGGGCCCUUCCAGGUGUCUGCUUCGCCAUGGUCUGGGGGCUCAGCUCAGAUCCUGUCCCAGAGAAGCGAAUCUGCUCAUGCAAUUGGCAGCGAUCCCCUCCAACAGAACAUUUAUGAGAAUUUCAUGCGGGAGUUAGAAAUGAGCAGGACCAACACAGAAAAUGUAGAAACAUCCACAGAAACCGCAGACUCCAGCAGCGGGUCCCUCAGCUCUUUGGAGCAACUCGAUCUGCUCUUCGAGAAGGAGCAAGGGGUGGUCCGAAAAGCUGGAUGGCUGUUCUUCAAACCCCUUGUCACUUUGCAGAAGGAAAGGAAGCUCGAAUUGGUGGCCCGGAGGAAGUGGAAACAGUACUGGGUAACACUGAAAGGUUGCACCCUGCUGUUCUAUGAGACCUAUGGGAAGAAUUCCAUGGAUCAGAGCAGUGCCCCUCGGUGUGCCCUGUUUGCAGAGGACAGCAUAGUGCAGUCGGUCCCAGAACAUCCCAAGAAGGAAAACGUGUUCUGCCUCAGCAACUCCUUUGGAGACGUCUACCUUUUCCAGGCCACUAGCCAGACAGAUCUGGAAAAUUGGGUCACUGCCAUACAUUCAGCUUGCGCAUCCCUUUUUGCAAAGAAGCAUGGGAAAGAGGACACGGUUCGGCUGCUGAAGAACCAGACCAAAAACCUUGUUCAGAAGAUAGAUAUGGACAGCAAGAUGAAAAAGAUGGCGGAGUUACAGCUGUCCAUAGUGAGCGACCCGAAGAACAGGAAGGCCAUAGAAAACCAGAUCCAGCAAUGGGAGCAGAACCUGGAGAAGUUUCACAUGGAUCUGUUUAGGAUGCGUUGCUAUCUGGCCAGCCUACAAGGCGGGGAGCUGCCAAACCCCAAGAGCCUCCUCGCUGCGGCCAGCCGCCCCUCCAAGCUGGCCCUUGGCAGGCUGGGCAUCUUGUCAGUUUCUUCUUUCCAUGCUCUGGUAUGUUCUAGAGAUGACUCUGCUCUCCGGAAAAGAACACUCUUACUGACCCAGCGAGGAAGAAACAAGAAGGGUAUAUUUUCUUCAUUAAAAGGGCUGGACACACUGGCGAGAAAAGGGAAGGAGAAAAGACCUUCUAUAACUCAGGUGGAUGAACUUCUGCAUAUAUACAGUUCAACAGGCGAUGGUGUUCCCCGGGACAACACGUGGGAAGUCCAGACCUACGUUCAUUUUCAGGAUAAUCAAGGAGUUACUGUAAUGAUCAAGCCAGAACAUAGAGUAGAAGAUAUUUUGACUCUGGCGUGCAAGAUGAGGCAGCUGGAACCCAGCCACUACGGCCUACAACUCCGAAAACUUGUAGAUGAAAACAUCGAGUACUGUGUCCCUGCACCAUGCGAAUACAUGCAAGAACAGGUUUACGAUGACAUAGAAAUCUUUCCGCUAAGCGUUUAUGAUGUGCAGCUCACGAAGACUGGCGGUGUGUCUGACUUCGGGUUUGCGGUGACGGCCCAGGUGGACGAGCAGCAGCAUCUCAGCCGCAUCUUUAUCAGUGAUGUUCUCCCUGACGGCUUGGCAUACGGAGAAGGGUUGAGAAAGGGCAAUGAAAUCAUGACCUUAAAUGGGGAAGCUGUGUCUGAUCUUGACCUGAAGCAGAUGGAGGCCUUGUUUUCUGAGAAGAGCGUUGGGCUCACUCUGAUUGCCCGGCCACCAGACACAAAAGGCACCUUGUGCUCUUCCUGGUCAGACAGUGACCUAUUCUCAAGGGACCAGAAGAGUCUGCUGCCCCCUCCGAACCAGUCCCAGCUUCUGGAAGAGUUCCUGGAUAACUUUAAAAAGAAUACAACCAAUGAUUUCAGCAACGUCCCCGAUGUCACCACUGGCCUGAAAAGGAGUCAGACCGAUGGCGCGCUGGCCCAGGUCCCCCACGGGGAGAAAACAGGGCAGACGUUCGGGAGUGCAGAACAGAUCGCCGUGCUGUGUAGGAGUUUCAGCGACACGCAGAGCGACGGCAUGGAAGGGCCGAGGAGCACUCGGGACCCACCUCUGCGGCCGCUGGCUCGCCACCUCUCCGAUGCAGAUCGCCUCCGGAAAGUCAUCCAGGAGCUGAUGGACACGGAGAAGUCCUAUGUGAAGGAUCUGAGCUGCCUCUUUGAAUUAUACUUGGAGCCACUUCAAAAUGAGACCUUUCUCACCCAAGAUGAGAUGGAGUCACUUUUUGGAAGUUUGCCAGAGAUGCUUGAGUUUCAAAAGGUGUUUCUGGAAACUCUGGAGGAUGGGAUUUCAGCAUCCUCAGACUUUAACAUCCUUGAGACUCCCUCACAGUUCAGAAAAUUGCUGUUUUCCCUUGGAGGCUCUUUCCUUUAUUACGCGGACCAUUUUAAACUCUACAGUGGAUUCUGUGCUAAUCAUAUUAAAGUACAGAAAGUUCUAGAGCGAGCUAAAACCGAUAAAGCCUUCAAGGCGUUUCUGGAUGCCCGGAAUCCCACCAAGCAGCAUUCCUCCACCCUGGAGUCCUACCUCAUCAAGCCGGUUCAGAGGGUGCUCAAGUACCCCCUGCUGCUCAAGGAGCUUGUGUCGCUGACAGACCGCGAGAGCGAGGAGCACUACCACCUGACAGAAGCACUAAAGGCAAUGGAAAAAGUAGCAAGUCACAUCAAUGAGAUGCAGAAGGUCUACGAGGGUUAUGGGACCGUGUUUGACCAGCUAGUAGCAGAGCAGAGUGGAACAGAGAAGGAGGUAACAGAACUUUCCAUGGGGGAACUUCUGAUGCACUCUGCAGUUUCCUGGUUGAAUCCAUUUCUGUCUCUAGGAAAAGCCAGAAAGGACCUUGAGCUCACGGUGUUUGUUUUUAAGAGAGCUGUCAUAUUGGUUUAUAAAGAAAACUGCAAACUGAAAAAGAAAUUGCCCUCGAAUUCCCGGCCUGCACAUGGCUCUGCCGACUUGGACCCAUUUAAAUUCCGCUGGUUGAUCCCCAUAUCCGCACUUCAAGUCAGACUGGGGAAUACAGCAGGGACAGAAAAUAAUUCUGUAUGGGAACUGAUCCAUACGAAGUCAGAACUAGAAGGACGGCCAGAAACCAUCUUCCAACUGUGCUGCAGUGAUAGUGAAAGCAAAACCAACAUCGUCAAGGUGAUUCGAUCUAUCCUGAGGGAAAACUUCAGGCGUCACAUCAAGUGUGAAUUACCCCUGGACAAAACUUGUAAGGAUCGCCUGGUACCCCUUAAGAACCGAGUUCCUGUUUCAGCCAAGUUAGCUUCCUCCAGGUCCUUAAAAGUCCUCAAGAAUUCCUCCAGCAGCGAGUGGCCCGGCGAGCCCGGCAAGGGCAGCUCCCUGGACUCGGACGAGUGCAGCCUGAGCAGCAGCACGCAGAGCAGCGGCUGCCCCCCGGGCGGGAGCAGGCAGGACCCCCUGCAACACCCUCCGCCGGGCCUGGCUGAUCUGUCAGACAGUCUCAUCAAGGAGAGUGACAUUCUGAGUGACGACGACGAGGACUACCAUCAGACUCUCAAACAGGGCAGCCCUACCAAAGACAUAGAAAUUCAGUUCCAGAGGCUGAGGAUCUCCGACGACCCUGACGCGAAGCCAGCCGACCAGCAGCCUGGCACGGAGGGCCGGCCGAAGGGGGAGCAGCCCAAACUGGUGCGGGGGCACUUCUGCGCCAUCAAACGGAAAGCGAACAGCACCAAACGGGACAGGGGAACUUUGCUGAAGGCACAGAUUCGGCAUCAGUCCCUUGACAGUCAGUCUGAAAAUGUCAACCUUGAUCUCAGUUCUGUUCUGCAGCGAGAGUUCAGUGUCCAGAGUUUAACUUCGGUGGUCAGCGAGGAGUGUUUUUAUGAAACAGAGAGCCACGGCAAGUUGUAGUGCAGUUUCAAUCCAGAUAUGGGUUCAUUGCUUGCUUUACUUUUCAACUGGUGGUCAAGUGGAAAUUCCAGAAAAACUAUUCAUUAUUGGGUUUUGUGCAGCGUACAUUUUCCCACAAAAUAGUUGUAAAGAUUUAAGUUAUUUUAAUUUAUUGUAGAUCAGAAAACUAGAUUAAACUGAUCAGAAUCUGUAAGAAUCUGUAAAUUACUUAGUUUAUAUCCCUUUUGAGCAGGUAUCAGAAUGACUUAGGAUCCUUAAAAUUCCAAUCUAUUUUAAUUUAUGUGGAAAAAGUAACGGGGGGGGAGUUGUGAUUAAUAAAUAGUUUUUAAAAAGGUCAUUGUUUUUUCCAAUCCUCUGGGCAUUUUCUUUGAGCUGUUAGUUUUUGCUUUAUUUAAAGCAUAUUUAUUUUAAUGUGGGUGAGGGGCACAACGUGCAGAUAUUUCAUUUUUGUAAGGUUGUAACAGAUGCUGUUUAUACUGAACAUGUCCUACCUAUGCAGUAUAUAUAUUAAAAGAAAGCUUGUACUGUAGCUUAUUUGAUUAUAUUUAUUUUCUCUACCAAACUGUACAGUAAAAGGGAAAUAAGUCGA